AUGACUCUUAAACUGUUGCCAAAAUCGGAACUAGCAAUCAGGCAAGUAUCAGCAUUGUUUCACGUUUCCUCUGCUCCUCAAUUUAAUAAUCUACAACAAUACCAAAAUCAAAUAAUGGCUAAUAACAGAAUUCAUCAACAACGUUUAUCCAUCCAACAAGGGGAGAUUGGAAGACCAAUAGAAGGGAUAAACAACAUUCCCGGAUUUUACAAAACCCGACCCUCAAUCCAGUCAAGAAUUUCAAUUCAACACGACAUAUUAACACCAAAACAGUCCUUAAUUCAACAUGAACGUAGACUACUUUUACAGGCUAUAGUCCUGUUUGUUGUUGAAUUCUCUCUAAGUACGAUUUGGUUUUUACAAAUGGUUGACUUGCUUCCGGAUGGAAUAAUUGCUAAUGUAUUGGCAAAUUGGUAUUGGAUAUUCUACAAUGGAUUUAGACCCUUUGUCUAUUUGGCUAUGAACAAAACAAUCCGUACAAGACUUUUAUCAUUCUGGCUUAAUAAACAGUCAGAAAGUACCGCAGAAUUUGCAAAGAUACCUCGAAUUGUUCAGCAAGAGGUUAUGCUUGUUUCAGGUGCGAAUCCUGUAACGCCUCGUCGUCCAAUGCCUCUGGUCAACGAACCGAUUUUAUAA